AUGGUGCUGUCUGGCUUGAAAGCAAGGGCGGGCAAUCGUGGUUGUGAAUAUUUUCUGAUUUUUCCAGAAAUCAAGCAGAAGAUUGAGCUGCUGAUGUCAGUUAACUCUGAGAAGUCGUCCUCUUCAGAAAGGCCAGAGCCUCAGCAGAAAGCUCCCUUAGUUCCACCGCCGCCGCCGCCGCCACCGCCACCACCUCUGCCAGACCCCACGCCCCCAGAGCCCGAGGAGGAGAUCCUGGGGUCAGACGAUGAAGAGCAAGAGGACCCUGCUGACUACUGCAAAGGUGGCUAUCAUCCAGUGAAAAUUGGAGACCUCUUCAAUGGUCGAUACCAUGUUAUUAGGAAGCUAGGAUGGGGACACUUCUCUACUGUCUGGCUGUGCUGGGAUAUGCAGGGGAAAAGAUUUGUUGCAAUGAAAGUUGUAAAAAGUGCCCAACAUUAUACGGAAACAGCCUUGGAUGAGAUAAAAUUGCUCAAAUGUGUUCGAGAAAGUGACCCCAGCGACCCAAAGAAGGACAUGGUGGUGCAGCUGAUCGAUGACUUCAAGAUCUCAGGCAUGAAUGGGAUACAUGUCUGCAUGGUCUUCGAAGUACUUGGCCAUCAUCUCCUCAAGUGGAUCAUCAAGUCCAACUACCAAGGCCUCCCAGUGCGUUGUGUGAAGAGUAUCAUUCGUCAGGUCCUUCAAGGUUUAGAUUAUCUGCACAGUAAAUGCAAGAUCGUUCACACGGACAUAAAGCCUGAGAACAUCCUAAUGUGCGUGGACGAUGCCUACGUGAGAAGGAUGGCCGCGGAGGCCACUGAGUGGCAGAAAGCAGGUGCUCCUCCUCCUUCUGGGUCUGCAGUGAGUACGGCCCCACAACAAAAACCUAUAGGAAAAAUAUCGAAAAACAAAAAGAAAAAACUGAAAAAGAAGCAGAAGAGGCAAGCUGAGUUAUUGGAAAAACGCCUGCAGGAAAUACCUGAGGACCAGGAGGAGAAAGAAGAUGCUGAGAAAGAAAACAUCGAGAAAGAUGAAGAUGAUGUUGAACAAGAACUCGCACACCUAGACCCCACGUGGAUAGAAUCACCGAAAACCAAUGGCCAUAUUGAGAAUGGCCCAUUCUCCCUGGAACAGCAGCUGGAUGAGGAAGAGGAGGAGGAUGACGAGUGCCCAAACCCCGAGGAAUGCAACCUGGAUGAGCCGAAUGCUGAGAGCGAUUACACGUAUAGCAGCUCAUAUGAACAAUUCAAUGGUGAAUUGCCAAAUGGACGACAUAAAAUUCCCGAGUCCCAGCUUCCCGAGUUUUCCACCCCGUUGUUCUCUGGGCCCUUAGAACCUGUGGCCUGUGGCUCUGCCCAUUCUGAGGGUUCCCCACUGACCGAGCAAGAGGAAAACAGCCCAUCGCACGACAGAAGCAGGACGGUUUCGGCCUCUAGUACUGGGGAUUUGCCAAAAAUGAAAACUCGGGCAGCUGACUUGUUGGUGAACCCCCUGGAUCCACGGAAUGCAGAUAACAUUCGAGUUAAAAUUGCCGACCUGGGAAAUGCUUGUUGGGUGCAUAAACACUUCACAGAAGACAUCCAGACGCGCCAGUACAGAUGCAUAGAGGUUUUGAUAGGUGCCGGUUACAGUACCCCUGCUGACAUUUGGAGCACGGCGUGCAUGGCAUUCGAGCUGGCAACGGGAGAUUACUUGUUCGAGCCACACUCAGGGGAGGACUAUUCCAGAGAUGAAGACCACAUAGCCCACAUCAUAGAGCUGCUAGGCAGUAUCCCAAGGCACUUUGCUCUAUCUGGAAAAUAUUCUCGGGAAUUCUUCAAUCGCAGAGGAGAACUCCGGCACAUCACCAAGCUGAAGCCCUGGAGCCUCUUUGAUGUCCUUGUGGAGAAGUACGGCUGGCCCCACGAAGAUGCUGCCCAGUUUACGGAUUUCCUCAUCCCGAUGUUAGAGAUGGUUCCGGAAAAGCGAGCCUCUGCUGGCGAAUGCCUUCGGCAUCCCUGGUUGAAUUCUUAGCAGAUUCUGCAAAUAUAGAAUUCUGAGCUAGCCAGUGUCUCCCGGUACCUUGGACAUAGCGGUGACUCUCACUCUUUAACAGGAUUACAAGUGAGCUGGCUUCACCCACAGACCUUUGUUUUGCUUUGAGGUACUGUUGAUUGACAUUUUGCUUCUUGUGCACUGUGGCCCUGGGGAAGGGCAGUCUUUUGUCUUCAGCUAAGUAGCUUACUGACCCACUUUCUUCUGCAAACAAUAACACGGCUCGGAGCAUUGUUUCUUGUGUUGUGUGACAUUCAGAUGUCAUUUUUCUUGCUUUUUUGAACGAAAAAUACUUUCCCCCUUGUGUUUUGGCAGGUUUUGUAACUAUUUAUGAAGAAAUAUUUUAGCUGAGUACUAUAUAAUUACAAUCCUAAGAAAAUUAUCAAGUUGGAAUUAAGAAAUAGCAAGGAAAUAUGUACUAUUUUAAUCUUCUGGCAGAGGGACAGCAUUCCUGUAUUAUAGUCUAUGUAAAUGCACCCUGUAAAUGUUCAUUUCCAUUAAAUAUGGGAUGGGGACUAAAAUUUGAGAAAAGCUACCAAGUCUUGAGUGCUUUGUAGCUGAAGUUGUAUGUAGCAACUUUGACUGCUCCGGGGCGGGGUGUGCAAACUCUUCAUUCCCUAGCCGACCUUUUCCAUUGGAGUCUCUGGUUUCUGAGUUCCAUUACUAUGUGGCACUUUAAAGGAAGACAACAUGCUUCUCAUUCUAAAGUACACAAUAUAAUUUUAGACUCCCAUUUGUAUUUUUGCAUAUUUUUCAAAGUACUUUUGAAGAAAAAGGGCAAUUUCCCUCUAACAAUGUGACAACUCAGUACUCCAUGCCGGCCUCUUCCCAGCACUGUCGGGAACUGCGCCGAGAGGAGACGGCAGUAGAAACCUGGUCGAUCGAGGAGCGAAAACAGCGGCGUGUGGGCAGGGGGCGCCCAAGGGUUUGUCUGAGACACAGCAUGGUCAUCACAAUUGGCUGGGUGGGCAGAUGGCUCCUAGCCUCUUGGGGUAGCUGAUCUGAUCAUGCGCAUUCCAUAGGUGGGUAGUUGUAUGUGUUGCUAUAGCAGAUGCCAAUAGCCUCUUUGUCUUCCUCAUGAACUGAGGUAGAGAAAAUGAUUUUUCCUUCUGCAGCUUGUAUGUACCCUCUUUGACUUUUAAAGUCCAGGACACUCACCCUAGUAGUCUAAUGAGCAAAGGUGUCGUCUGCCUCUCUUAGAAGUCGGUCAGAUGAAUGAACGUAAGGUUUGUUUGGGUUUCUUUAUUUUUUAAACAUUUUACUUUUAAGGUGCCUCGUUUUCUUGACUUUUGUACAUUAAAUUUUAUCCAUAUGCCUUUGCAAUAACUAGAUUGUGAAAAAGAUAGCAAGUGUUGUAACAAUACUCCAUUGUUUGAGGUGCCUGCAGUUGUCUUAAAAAUUAAAGUGCCCCUCACCCCCCUCCA